GGGUUUUUUCGCCUGGCUGGGUUGUGGUUAUUUGUUUUUUUGUUUCGGAGCAGAGUUAGCGACGUGAUCAGCUAGUACUGAUCAAAUACUAGUGUUGGUCAAAAUUUCAUCGUCGAAGGUGUAAUAAUGUCGGGUGGGACUCGACUAGAGAACGCCAAUCCUCUGAUAUUUCAGCGGUCAGGGGAAAGACUGCUCACCUCCACUGAUGAAGAUGAAGAUGUGGCGGACCCUAUCGAUGUCAGAGAGAUCUUCGAUCUGAUUAGGUCGAUCAAUGACCCCGAGCACCCGCUGUCCCUCGAGGAGCUCAAUGUGGUGGAACAAGUGCGUGUCAAUGUGAAUGAUGAGGAGAGCACAGUGUCUGUUGAGUUCACACCGACCAUCCCACACUGCAGUAUGGCCACACUCAUUGGCCUGUCAAUCAAAGUCAAGCUGCUACGCUCCCUGCCUGACAGAUUUAAGAUUGAUGUUCACAUCACGCCUGGCACACAUGCUUCUGAGGAUGCAGUCAACAAGCAGCUGGCAGACAAAGAGCGAGUGGCAGCGGCUCUGGAGAACUCUCAGCUGCUGGAGGUGGUCAACCAGUGUCUGUCCAGCAGAGGAGUGUGAUCAGCUCAUUCCUGCUUUAACAGGUCAUGACUGAACUCUUACAGGCUAGCCAGAGCUGCGUGAUAAUAACAGUGCCAUUAUUAGUGCGGUUGGUUUGCUUCUUUUAGAAUGAUUAUUGAUGCAUUCAACAAACAAUAUCAGAUCAGAACAACUCAUAUUUAGAAGAUGUGGGAGAGAGUGGGGGAUCCAUCCAUUCAUACUCCGUUUUAAAAAAGGAAAGAAAUGAUCAUAAUAUGGAAACAGAAUCAGUUGUUUUCUGUUUAAGAGUAUGUGGAUACAAAAAAAGGUGAUGCAAUUUUGUGAUAUGUCUGUGAAUAUGUACAAAAGGACUAUUAAUAGUCUGAUUUGGAAAAACAGAUUUUAGAAAGUUUUCAAAGACAUGUAUGUUAAUGAAAGUGGAGAAUGUGUAAAACUGAAAUCAUUUGCACUGCUUUGUUUAUUAUCAGCCUUACAGUCUUGCCAAUAGAAAUAUUAUUUAGAAUAUGUUUGUUUGUUUUGAGCAAAACGUUAACAGAGGAAUGCAAUGAAGCCUUUUAACUUUAAUACCUUUUUUAUUGGCCAUACGUUUGGAUGAUAUAUGAUUUAUAAAAAUAUAUAUAAUUAGGAUUAAUAAAACCUUAUGUGUUUGAUGUGGUAAACUAAUUCAUUUCUACAAAUAAUUUCUUAGUCAAAUAUAUGGAUUUACUGGUACAUCAACACUUGGUUAUGCAUCAUUAACAUUAUACAUCAUUAACAUUAUACACUUAAAGCUUCACAAGACAAUGCAACUUUUGCAGGAUGAGCUAUUAUUAAGCUUUGUCACAGGCCAUUUGAUUUAAGCUCUAUAUUACUGCAUUUUUUACUGUCUGCUGUUAUAAAAUAAAUGCUUCGGUUUUCUAAAUGCUGUAAA